UAUCAAAAAUUUCCUUAAAUAAGUGUUGUAGAAGAAGAAACUUGGCAAAUCAGCGUUGUAUAAGGAAAUGUCAAAUGAUAACUGGCUCACAGCACAACAAAAUAAAAACCACAUUUUAUAACACUAUACGUGCACAAAUCGACACAGACACACGCAUACACUCACUCCCUUGUGCUUAGAAUGUGCUUUAGAAUUGGUAUAUAAAUCAUGGGCGAAGAAAGAGUUAUUUAUUCAGGAUACCUUUUGGUACCACCAACUGGAAAAAUUGUUAUUAAGAAAUCUUGGCAACAAAAAUACUGUCUUCUUUACAAAUCAAGCAAAUUCGGAAUCGAACGUUUAGAAAUCUAUGAUGACAUUGGAACAUCAAAACACUCCCCUCAUCGAAUAAUCACCCUCGAAAACUGCAUUAAAAUCACCCAAAAAACAUCAAUGACCUUCUCGAUAAUCACCAAAACAAUCUCACAAGAUUUUGGCACCCAAUCGGAAACAUCAUUAACCCAAUGGAUGAAUGCUUUACAAUCGGUCGCUUUUCGAGACGAUACAUCUCGCGCGACAAUCGUUGAAGACAACGAUUUGUAUUGUUCGUCCGGUGAAGGUGUGUUUAGCGUUAAAUUACACAGUUCGGAUGCUUCAGAACGAUGUGGAUUAGAGCCGAUUAAUUAUACUUUGGUUUUAACUCCAACUGCCAUACAGCUAAGAAGUUACAACGAUAAUAAAUUGUUAUUUACGUGGCCAUAUUGUUUCAUUCGGCGCUAUGGGCAUAAAGAAGGAAAAUUUACGUUUGAAGCGGGGAGAAAAUGCGAAACUGGUGAAGGAACUUUUUAUUUAGAACAUUAUAAUGAACUGGAGAUAUUUCGUUGUAUCGCUUCAAAAAUGAAAUCGAUGAAGAAACUUUUAAAGGGCGAAUCAUCUCCAGCACUUUUAGAUUGUGGUGAUAAUCAAUUUCAAGCCGCUUUAACGAUGGAACCACGAUCAAGAUCCCCUUUACCACCAUCCCCAACGAGCAGUUCAUCACUCAAAGAUAUCGAAAGUCACGUUUCUAAAUCAACUACCAUCGAAUAUUUAGAUAAACGUGCCAACAAUCCAAUUUUUAACGAAUUUGUUGUAGGAAAAAAACAUCCGCCAACGAAACCCCCGCGAAAAACCCUCCAAAACUUUAUUCCCGCCGAAAAAGAUUACGAAUUUAUUAAAAAAUAUGACGAAAUUGAGUAUCGAAGUAACGCUUGGCAAGAAUUAGGUGUUAACGAUGUGAAACAUACUGAAAAUCAUAUUGUUAAUAGUGAUGAUGACGGGGAAUAUGCAUCUUGGGGGAACGCUAAAGGUGUGGAAAAACCGGUUAGCGUAACAAAAGUCGUUAUGGAACCUUUAUUAACACAUACAAGUUAUGAUAAAUUAAACUUUUUUGGUUCAACUGGAAAGAUAUCUUCAAAUUCGGGUUAUAGGCAGGUUCUACCAACGCCGCCAGUACCUCAAAGAGUUAGCCCCCCAUCUUUUAACGAUUACGAUGAAGUCACAAUUUCGAUGGAAAGCGUCCGUUUGGCGGAUGAUUCGCAUUUAGGGUACGCUUUAGUUCGAAAAGCUACAACUUCAUCGAAAGAAGUUGAUCACCAGUUUCAUAACAACGAUCCUUAUGCCAUUAUUAGUAAGCCGAAACGUGUCUAGUCGAGGAGAUGUGAUUUUUUUAUUGAUUUGUAUUUAAAUCAAGAUGCCAACCAAUUUUUUAUAUUAUUUUUCGAAACACUCAUCAAUGACCCCUCUUCACUAUGGCUCAUGAUGAGCCACUAGAAUUGUCAUUAUGAUGGCUAGCAUGUUUGCUUCCACACAGUGGUAUAGUCUAGAUGGACCACUCCAAGCAACAGGUGCUGAUGACGACCGAAAUAGUUAAGCAAUGACUGUGUGGACAUGCCACUGCGCAGUUAGCUGCGCAUGAUGGCGCCCUUUGAUGUGUGGCCACACUUAUGGCCACUUCAGGCCAUGAUCCAUGGUCAGCCAGUGGUCCAUGAUAAGCCAUAGUGAAGAGUGGCCAUAAGAUUUUUGUUAUAACGAUUUUAUGAAGGAAAUAAUAACUUUAAGGUUACCAGAAUGAAUCAAGUGAAAUAGGAGGAGUAAAAGCAUCACUGUGCAAUAUUUGCAAAGUUUUUAGGCAUAAGUUGCUAAUUUCACACCAGAGUUAGAAUUUAAGAGAGGGAUAAUUUCAUAAUUUUUUACUGUAUAUGUAAAGUGUGGUUAAAUAAUUACACAAUUAUAUCAUAAUGUACUUAUUAAAGUUAAAUCGAAUCAAAAAUUUCAUACCAAUGUGGUAAAAGCUCAGUAUUUUUUAUAUAAAGUUUUGUAUAUAAAUUUUAUUUUAUAGGACCAAAGAAAUAUAAAUUGGCAAGAACAAAAAAUUAUAAUGUGCCAUUUAAUUAAGGUGCGAAUAAAUACAUUUUUGUACUUUUAUAUAAAAAAAGAAAUUGUACAUAAAUCUAAAAUAAAACUUGACAUUUUUAU